CGUCCGACUGCCGGAACCUUCCCGUUGCAAAUACGCAGAGUAGCCUAGAGUAGAAAGACGAAAUAUUUUGUUAUAAUAAAAUAUUAAUCUUGAAUCAGUGAGGGAUGCCGGCGGGGAAAAGUUACAGGAGGAGGCGAGAGGAGGAGUCAGACGAGGAAGACGAGCAGCGGGUGGUGGAAGUCAGGUCAAAACUUGAUGAACUGAAAGAAAUUCAGAGUUUGAGGAAAAGACAAAAUGGAGUGAGUGCUGCCGCCCUGCUGGUUGGGGAGCAAGUACCGGAAGAAACUUCAAAUGUGGAUGAUCCUUUCAAACUGAAGACAGGUGGUAUGAUUGAUAUGAAGAUAAUAAAGGACCGAAAGCGAGAAAGGAUCGAGGAGGAAGACACAGACUUGAACUUGGGCACAUCGUUUUCAGUGGAGACAAAUAGACGUGAUGAGGAUGCUGACAUGAUGAAGUAUAUUGAGACAGAAUUGAAGAGGAGGAAGGGAAUCCUAGAGAAUGAGGAACAGAAGACAAAGGUCAAAAAUCCAGAAGACCAGCUCUAUGAAUUGCCUGACAACAUUAACAUUUCUUCCGCCAAGCGGACAGAAGAAAUGUUAUCCAAUCAGAUGCUAAGUGGCAUUCCGGAGGUUGAUCUAGGCAUUGAUGCAAAAAUAAAGAAUAUUAUCAGCACUGAAGAGGCAAAAGCCCAGCUCCUGGCUGAACAACGCAACAAAAAAAAAGAUAACAGCACCUCCUUUGUACCCACAAAUAUUGCAGUAAACUAUGUCCAGCACAACCGGUUCUACCGAGAGGAAUUGCAUGCACCUGCAAAACGGAAUAAAGAGGAAGCCAAACCUCGGCCUUUGAGAGUAGGAGACACUGAUAAACCAGAACCUGAACAAUCUCCUCCAAAUCGCAAGCGUCCUUCAAAUGAAAAGGCAACAGAUGAUUACCAUUAUGAAAAGUUCAAGAAAAUGAGCAGAAGAUACUGAUGCGUGGCUCAAACUACUUCUGCUGUUAGUGCAUUUUAAAUAGCUCAAGUGACAAUGUGACUCCGGAGGUAUUGCCUUUCAAGAGUGAACCCACCCAACAUUCAUCAAAGAAAGUUGAAAACCACAGAACACUGUGAUAUGAUCAUGGGCACAAAACCACAAACACCCAGAGGAAAAGGACACUCUUUCAUCUCAUUACUUUGAACUAUUUUCAUUGUUUUAUAUUGGAGCUGAAUGGCAUGGAAACUGGGGGGGGGGAGAGAAGGGGGUUGGUGGAAUACACAGAUGGAACAGGGAAAAUUGAAGCAAGAAGAACUAAUCUACUUACGUUCAUGUGCCAAUUUUGUGUAAAAGUUGAAGGCAUCUGAUGACUCACAACAGUCACAAGGAGCCAGUUUCUCUUUCUAUUCCAAUUCUUCUGUACUUUUGUAGGAGCUGGUUAAAAAAUCUCAUCUCUUUAAAUGAAAUCCCCAGUUUUAUUAAUCUGCAAAACUGUAUAUUGACAAACAAUACUACAAAGUUGGGAAUUAUUAUUACAAUUAUUCUAGAUUGUAUCUUUGUGUUGCAAAUGUAUCCAACAUAAAUUUUUGUUCAUUGAUUUUCUACAAAUGUUUUUAAUUUUAUUUUAGUGUGUGCAGUUGGUAGUUUAUUUGGGAGAAGUAUAUUAGAGAUGAUAUGUAGAGUUCUCAACAUCCAUCAAGAUAUCAUGGGGAAAACCAAGUUUGAAAAUGAAAUGUAGUACUAGGUCAUAAGGCUUUUGCCAGUUUCAUCACGGAUUAACUGGUCUUUGAAACUUGCACUCAUUCCUCAAUCACACUUUAUUUAAUUAUGCACAAGGAGAACAGCGUGGCCCUUGUCAUUAAACUUUUCUAAAGUUUGAACAAAGAAUUUUAAUACAGAAAUUGUCCAGUUGGAUACAGAUAUUCCCAAUUGCUCAACUUGUUUGAAUUGCUUAUUUGCAUAAUCAAUCACAGUACAAUAAAAAGGGUGUUAAUAACUAAUAAUACAGUACUUCAGAAUUAAAGUAACUAACCAACAGUGAGUGUUACAUUAAAAUCCUUCAUUUAGAACGGUAUGAUACCUUUGUGAAAGGGGGUACAAGAAUUGAGAGAUUUAGGGUGGGUGGGUGUGUGUGUGUGGUUUAUUGAAGGCAGCUUAGGAAAAAGCUGGUCUUUUAAAAAAAGGAAGAAUCAUGUUCAAGACUUUGUUAACAUUGAUCAUAGUUGUUCAUUGUACUUGCUUCUGUGAGUUGCAAUUUAGGAGAGAUCUGAUGGCAUUGAAAAGUGUAGAAUGAAUUUAUCAAAAUACUUCCCACUGUGCAGAUGUAGACUUACCUGCAAGUAGAUAAUGAUCCAGUAUACUUUUGCUAGAUCCUGUCUUAUUUUUACUCUGAUAUAUCCUUAUCUUUUUUAAAUCCAUAAUCACUAUCUCCAAAUGUCUCUUCUCUCCCAGCUGAUAAUCAUCCCACCUGACCUACACUGGCUGGUGAAUGGUGAAGGCAAUGUCCAGUAAUGUUCUUUCAUUUGCGUUCCCUCCAGCUUUCCUCAUCAACCAUUCUGCCAAACAGCUUCAUCAACAGCAUAUCACAAUGGCAGCCCUAACCUCACUCUAUAUUGGAUAACCCGGUCAUCCCUCCCCAUCCUCUCUGCAAAUUAAAACGAACUCUUUCACAGUUCUGAAGGGUAUUUGACCCAAAACAUCAAUGAUUUGUCUUGCCUUGGUGUUGACUGACCUGCUGAAUAUUUUCAGCAUUUUCUUCUUUACUCCCAGGGCUUCCCAUCUGCCCACCCAAUCCCAGACUUCUGUUUCUCCAGCAGUCACUACCAACCAAGCCAAUCACAACCCUGCAUUGGACCAAAUGUACUUCACCCAAGUUUCUGUAUUGAAAAUGAAACAAAUGUUACUGAGUUAAAGUGCUCUACGAGGGGUGAUUGAUAAGUUCGUGUCUUAAGGUGGAAGGAGUCAAUUUUAGAAAACCUAGCACGUUUGUUUU